CGGCGAGGGAGGCGGGGGCGAUUCCUGAUUGGGUGGCCGGGCGGGCGCGGUGGGCGGUGCUGGCGCCGCUGUUUCCGGUCAGUGCGGCGAGCUGAGGGAGAACGAAGCCGGAGGGCGCCUGGCGGGAGAAGGUUCAUCUUGAAUCAUCAUGACCAUUCAGCAGUUUCUUGUGUACCUAUCCCUUUGUGCGGUCUGUGUCCUGACCAAACCCACGGACAAGAAGGACCGUGUUCACCAUGACCCGCAACUCAGUGACAAAGUCCAUGAUGAUGCACAGAACUUUGAGUACGACCAUGAUGCUUUCCUUGGUGCAGAUGAGGCCAAAACCUUUGACCAGCUGACACCAGAGGAGAGCAAGGAGAGACUUGGAAAGAUUGUAAGUAAAAUAGAUGAAGACAAGGACGGGUUUGUAACUGUGGAGGAGCUCAGAGACUGGAUUAAAUUUGCACAAAAACGCUGGAUUUACGAGGAUGUAGAGCGCCAGUGGAAGGGGCACGACCUCAAUGAGGACGGCCUCAUUUCCUGGGAAGAGUAUAAAAAUGCCACCUACGGCUACAUCUUAGAUGACCCAGACCCUGAUGAUGGGUUCAACUACAAACAGAUGAUGAUGAGGGAUGAACGAAGGUUCAAAAUGGCUGACAAGGAUGGAGACUUGAUUGCUACCAAGGAAGAAUUCACUGCCUUUCUGCAUCCAGAAGAAUAUGAUUACAUGAAAGAUAUAGUAGUACAGGAAACAAUGGAAGAUAUUGACAAGAAUAGAGAUGGUGUCAUUGACUUGGAAGAAUACAUAGGGGAUAUGUACAGUCAUGAUGGCGAUGCUGAUGAGCCAGAGUGGGUGAAGACCGAGCGGGAGCAGUUUGUGGAGUUUAGAGACAAGAAUCGAGAUGGGAAGAUGGACAAAGAGGAGACAAAAGAUUGGAUCCUCCCCUCGGACUACGACCAUGCUGAGGCAGAAGCGCGGCACCUUGUCUACGAGUCUGAUCAGAACAAGGAUGGGAAACUCACCAAAGAGGAGAUUGUUGACAAGUAUGACUUGUUCGUGGGGAGCCAGGCCACAGACUUCGGAGAAGCCUUAGUACGACACGAUGAGUUUUAAGAUGUGUACAGAGAAACCUGUUUCUUAAAAGUAAUUUAUUUUUUACAGUUUCUGGAUUAACAUGAGAAACGUUUUCGCUACUGAGACUAUUAUUUCAGGCUAUAAAGUGACAAGUCCUGUCCUGUCCUCUUUCUUUCCCUUUCCCACAGGGAUGGGGACAUGGUGUUCUGAAAAGUGACUCUGUAAUGAGAACACUUGUGGUUUUAGAUUUACACUUUGUUUUAUGUCUAACAAGUUCUGUUUAUUUUUGUAUUUGUUGGGGUUCUGUGUGAAAUGAAGAAUGCAUAUCCUGAAAAGUUAGCUGCAGAGCAAUGUUAGUUCCUUCCCCAGUGCCCCACCUCCCUCUCUCCCCCUUACUGUAUAGACAUAGCGACAGAAUUUUUUACAAGCCACGGAACAAGGCCAGGCAACAAAGCUAUAUGAUGUUUGUUUAGACUGGGCCAUGUAAAUUCAGCUUGAGGGCCACAGAGGCAGCUUGUUCGGAGCCCAAGGGCAACACACAAUUUGCCACAACUGAGCACUUUGCAGUCAUCUUCAGUACAAAAGACAUUCUCCCAAAAUGCAAUGCUGUAUCUCGUCCCGUGAAGUCCAGAGCAUUGCAUGCUGGGAGCUGUCUGUCUGGACUGCACGGUAGAAUUUGGGGAUUGUGUUUGACUGAAGACUGCCUUUUGGCCAUUCCUGCUUUGGAAACCCCUACAAAAUAGGCACCAUGGUGUAUGGCGGCAGCAAGACAAACCUGUGCUUGCUCUUCUCCAGCGCAUUCUUUGGGAGGCCUUUGCUGUUCUCGGCGCUUCAGUAAUUUGAACUAAUCCAGCAAGUGUGAUCUGGAGCUUUCCAUCCAGAAAUAUGUGGGAGGUGGGGCUGUCUUGCACCUGCUGCUAAAAUCCUCAGCCUGAGUUUUGUGUUUGCCGCAGGGUCUCUGUAAAUGCGAGUUACUUGUGCAUUAUAUUCUUUUGAAUCCAUCUGGCUUCCCUGUACAUACUCAGUCAAAGCCAUGUGACCCUACUAGAUGAGGCAAGAAACUGAUGUCAUGUGACCCUCUGUAUGUUAUACAAGGAAAUCAACCAGGAAACGUGACUGAUCCUAAAUUGGUCCCUUAAGGCAAUGAACAAAGUGGAUGAGUGCAGCUUGCUGCAUGGGGAUGGAAAUGGGAGGGGCUCCCUUUUUAUUUCAACCAUUAGACUUCUGCAAAUCAUACAUAAUUGAAGUGCCUUUACCUGCCAAAACAGAAACAAACCGGGGCUAGGUUGUCACUUUAGGAACCUCAAGAUGAAAUGCGCCAAAAGAGGAUAACUAAGAAAACAAGGCUACAGCAAACCAGAGAAUAAAGACGCUGAAGAUGGAAAUUAACCUUUCUGCUCCUGUGCAGUGGUUAAACAGCAGUAUUAGUAGAAAUCUUUGCAGCAGUGUUCUUACCUUCUUGUGAAUUUUUAACCAUAUGCUGCCUAUUUUACCAGGGAUUUUUUUUACCUCAGAAGGCAAACCACUUACUUUGUUGUAUCCUGAGGUAUUUCCUUAUGCUUUUUUCUUUAACCAGGGAGAACUGCUGUUAGAGAGCCAGAGAUAAGUGAUUGCCAAGAGAUGACUUCUCUACCUUACUGGUGACUCUUCCUUGGAGUGCCAUUUUGCACAGCUUAGUGGGUCACUUGCACUUCUCAUGUGUGGGGCCUAGUGGGGAGAGUGUUGAAGUUAGUCUAAAGCAAUCACUGUGUUUGCAGACAUAGGUCAUUUCCUUCACUCUCUUGUCCUAUGAACACUAACGCCAGGCUCUUCUGGCCCCUUAACUGUAAUGAACUUGGGCCUCUUUUUCUUUACAUUGGUUUGUUUCAAGGAUUAAAGGCUUGAAACAUUCAGUAUGUGUACUCCUAUUAUUUCAUGUAACUUUCUACAAAUAACACGCUUUUGAUAUAACUUGAGACAAUGAAUCAAAUCAUAAUCAAGCAUUGUAUAUGAGAUUUGUAUGGUAUUCGUGCCUUUAGUGUUCACCCCUGAAGUAUGGAUGUUCUGACCCUUGGAUGUGCUUUAUGGUUUUGGGAUAAAGCCAGGAAGAAUCUUACUCUAAUAAACAAAACUUACGCCUAGCAAAGGAAUCUGGAGGGGAUGAAGGCCAAGUAAGGCAGCAGUGAUCUGGCUCACUACAGGAAGGCCUUAGCCUCACAUUUCUGGUGACCCAAGCUGCUUUUCGAUCUCACAUUUAAAAUUAAUUCCAUUAUCUCCUGACCUCCAUUCGUCCCAUCACAAAAUCUCCAUGUGGUCUUCACGCAGUUGGGUGUCUGUGUGUGAGGCUCAGGACUUUGAAAUGGGCUGUUCAAAGUCACAAUUGAGAUGCAUUUACAGAGCUAUGUGGUGGAAGUUUGCACAGCUGCUGUCAGCACUAAUGACUGGUGCAGACACUUUAUAAACACUAAAAUUCUUUCACCAGUAAAGUAAAACCUAGUUCAUAUGUUCAGCAUCAGGAGAGGUUUGGCCAUAUUCAGUGCUCUGCGAUGCACGUCCGUUUAAUCUCAGCGUGUUCCCACUUCUGCUGUAUGUUGUCAAAAGCAAAUGUAAAGCUGGUGAAAAACAGAUUGCACACCCAAGGUGUCCGUUCCCAUGAAUGCUAAUCCUCUAGGUUUUUUUGUAGAGUGUAAACAGAUUUUUAUAAUGUAUGUCAGAUGUAAAUCUGUCUCAAUAAAACUGUUUACAUUC